AUGCCCCGCGACAACAUGGCCUCCCUGAUCCAGCGGGUGGCCCGGCAGGCCCGCCUCACGUUCCGCCCGCCGGGCGGUAACAACAGCGGCGGCGGCGGCGGCGACGGGAGCGGGCCUCGCUUCGCGGAGAACCUGCACCGCCUGCAGCAGCUGCUGAACGAGGUCCGGGCCGAGGACCUGCGCCUGUCCCCGCGGGGCCCGUCGGCGGUGCCGGGCCUGGCGCAGCCUCCCGUAAGCUACAUGCACAUCUGCGAGACGGAGAGCUUCAGCAUGGGCGUCUUCGUGCUGCGCGCCGGCGCCUGCAUCCCUCUGCACGACCACCCGGGCAUGGACGGGCUGCUCAAGGUGCUCUACGGCACGCUGCGCAUCGCCUGCUUCGACGCCCCCGACGGCGGAGCCGGGGGAGCCGGGGCGGGAAGCGCCACCUCCGCGGGGGCGUCGUCGUCGGGGCAGCCCCCUCCUGCUCGCUCCCGCCGGCGCGCCCUGCUCCGCUCGCACCAGCUCUACACGCCCGCCUCGGCGCCGUGCCUGCUGUCGCCGCACACCGACAACCUGCACCAGAUCGACGCCGUGGGCGGGCCCGCCGCCUUCCUCGACAUCCUCGCGCCGCCCUACGACCCGGAGCACGGGCGGGACUGCCACUACUUCCGCCUGCUGGACGGGCAGAGCCUGCCUCCGCCCGCCGCCGACCCUCCGGGGCUGCCCAAGGAGGUGUGGCUGCUCGAGACGCCCCAGGCGGCGGAUUUCUGGUGCGGCGGAGAGCCCUACCCGGGGCCCCAGGUGUCCCCUUGA